CCGCCGGUCAUCGUGCUGCUGGACCUCGCGUGCCUCGAGAUCGUCAAGACGAAGCGCGGCGAGUUCCAGCUGCUCAACGGCGACGACCACCGGUCCGUGCUCGGCAAGCACGGCCGCGACCCGGCGGAGUGCCGGCCGGACAUCGCGCACCAGGAGCUCAUGGCGCUCUUCGACUCGCCGCUGAACAAGGCGAAGCAGCUCAAGGUCUACAUGCGCACGCGGCAGAACGUGCUCAUCGAGUUCCACGAGUCCGUGCGCAUCCCCCGGACGUACAAGCGCUUCGCGGGGCUCAUGGUCCAGCUCCUCCACAAGCUCAAGGUGCGCGCCGCCGACGGCCGCGAGACGCUGCUCAAGGUCAUCAAGAACCCGAUCCAGAGGCACCUCCCGCCGGACUGCGUCUGCUACGGCUUCUCCGUCCAGGGCGACCGCUACACGCCCGGCGCCUUCGCCGCGACGCUCCCGGACAAGCCCGUCUGCUUCGUCGUCGGCGCCAUGGCCGCGGGCCACGUCAACCAGGACGACCACGAGAACAUGGUCGACUACGUGAGCCUGAGCCAGUACCCGCUCUCGGGCGCGACGGCGAUCAACCGGCUC